GGAUUAUAUAUUUAACGACUGCCUAGGUAAAUGGUUUCUAGCUUCCAGUUUAAGAAUAAAUCUCUACCAAAAAGUUUUCGUCUGAGAUGCGGUUUCAACUGGCUGUUCUGCUUGCGUUGCAAUGCGUUUCGUUGUCCUUUUGUGAAUCAUAUGAUGUGCCAAAUAGUGAAGAAGAAAUGCUCGCCGCGAUCCAGGCUGAAUAUGAUCGGGGCGCUGAAGUACUUCCGGUCCAACGGCCAGAUAUAAAGUCGACGGUGUAUCCUGGGUAUACUACGCCACAGGACAAAAACUGCGAAUUGGCUCCUGAAGCUCGGAGGAUCAAAGGGGCCGUCAAGAACCAUCUUCACACAAACGAAGGGAAGACGAUAUGUGACAUGGAAUGUCUCGACCUCACUCAAUCUCGCGACUGGCAUGGAUUUCAUCUGAUCGGUCCAACCAAAAACUUUGAUUAUAAGAUACAUUGUGGGCCGACUCUUCCUCUUCGUACUUGUUCGUCUGGGGGGAAUGGGUUGAGAGCGAACUUUGAUGGAAAGGUGGAUUGCUAAGGGCGGAGUUUGAAGAAACAGGUACUUGGAUCUCUGCUAUGACACGUUGUUGUAGGAGCAUAUUGUUGGGGAUAUGGUUCAAGUAAGUGCUGAAGCAUAGAAGCCGUGGAACCGAUAGCGAUAGAAGUACCCAUGGGAUUCUUCCACUUCAGUGCACCUCAGGUUUGCAGCAGUUUUCUUUAGAAGAUGAGUUGAGGAGCGAAAGUAAAUGAAACGUAGUCAGGAACGUU